GCAUCUGGAAGAUGGGAAGUAUAUCUGUCGCUAUGUGCUAAACCAAUGUACUCUAAAAAGGAAAGAGGAUGACAUACUUCGCAGUGAAAGUUUGAAUGAAAGGUUAACCAAGUGUUCAUCCACUCCUCAAAACCUUUCACCGACCAUCCUAUGCACCAUCUAAGAUGAUGUCUUCCAGCUGUAGAUGUAUUACUCUCCACAGAUCUGCAGCAUCAACAAAAAGUCAGCAGUGAGAUUGCCAUUGCUGGAGGAGAAGGACCUGUAAAGUUCUUGUGCGUUGGAUUGAUGAAGACGGAGUGUAAAUGAUGAUGGCAUACAAAAGCAGAAUAGAUAGACUGCAGUGUUUACUCUGUGUCGUCGUUGCUAUAAUUCUUCUCAACAUAUCUCAACACCAGUGUGAAGGUUCCUCACAUGAACGUGCAAGAUACAGAAGACAAACUGAGAUUACUGUCUGCACCCGGAAUGACAAUGAUCCUAGUAAUAUUGUGAGCUUUAGUGUCCGGGAAGAUGCACUACCAGGAGACUUGAUUGGAUUCCUACCUAUUAUUGGGAACCCGAUGGAUCCCAAUGCGACAAUACACCUCUCUGUCAUCGAUAGCGCCCAGUCAAACAUCGUGUUACUCAACACUUCAGAGAAAAGUCUUUUAUUAGCUCAGCGAGUGAACCCAGAUUUACCGGACAGACAGAUCAGUCUGCAACUUCAAGUCAAGUGCGACCUUUUAAGACUGGGCCUAAGUUUCAGCUACGACAUCAACGUUGAAAUUAUAAACAUCAACGAUAACUCACCCGAGUUUGUGAAUUUACCGUAUAUAGCAAACAUUUCAGAGCUGACAGCAACGGAUACAGUAAUUUAUAGUGGGAUACAAGCAGUAGAUCUGGAUGGAUCAAACAGCAACGGUCAAGUUAUAUACAGUGUGGAAUUCAACCCUCAAGAUCCGGAAGCCAGCAACUAUUUCACAAUCAAGAAUGGGGGCAGAGGAGAGGUGUGGCUCCAGAGGUCAUUGGACUAUGAAGCCAAGAGGAUAUGGGAAGUACUCAUAGUUGCAAAGGAUAAUGGUGACGAGCAACAACAAUCUAACACAACAGUGCUCACAGUGAAUGUCCUGGACGGAGACGAUAUGCCGCCACAAUUCCUGCCAUGUAACUUCACCAUUGGAGAACCAUGCCCACCCAUCACAUACUCCGCUACCAUCUUAGAAAAACAGACAUUAUCAGGGGCAAUUACUUUUGAGCCGGGGCCAAUCAGAGCAGUCGAUCCAGACACUGAUGUCACAAUGAACCAGCCCAUUACAUACUCCAUAUCAACUGGGUACCCGCCAGAGUAUGGGGAAUACUUCAAUAUAAAUGCGGCUACCGGUGAUAUGUUCCUUCUACAACCUGUCUAUAGGGCUGACUUCAAAGAAUUCACGCUGGAAGUAAUGGCGAGUGAAAGCCUUUCAAUGGAGAGCAAUUUUUACGUCAUCACGUCAGCUACCAUCACCAUCCAAGAGGUGAAUGAACAUCGCCCGGUCUUUACGCAAGACAUCUACCAAGGCUUCGUCUAUGAGAAUGCGCAAAUUGGUACACAAGUCAGUAUGAAUGAGUUCACCACGGAACCACUCAAACUCCAUGCUUUGGAUCUGGACGUGGAGCAAGGCCGUCCUCUCAUGCUGAGCUAUUUUCUCUCAGACGCCACAGCUCACUUUCUCCUGGAGGCGGGGCCAGAUGGCUCAUUUGCAUACAUCGUUAUUAAUAGCAACCAGUUAGACAGAGAAAUGGUCAACAAUUACACACUCAGGGCUCUUGCGAUAGAGAACAGCACGUUUGACAUGUUAGAGAGUGAGAGCGCCACCAUUAAUAUCAAAGUCUUGGACGUUAACGACAACCCUCCUCAAUUUGUCAUCAAUGAGUACAGCCAAGGCUUCAACCACUUCCGGGGAACGGUGGAAGAGAAUGCAGAAGUGGGCACUGUCAUCAUGAGUCUUUCAACGGAAGAUGUUGAUCUUCCACCUCGGGGCCCGGUCAUCUUCGACUUGGAGUAUUACAACCCUGGUAGCAAUACUUUAUUUGGACAGAUUCGAGUCAACGAUACUUCAGUCAACUUUGUUCUUCUACAGUCUGGAGGCAUCGUAGAAGGACAGCAGUACAGCUUCUACAUGAAAGCUACCGAUGGAAACUUGGACACCUUAGUGUCUGAGAGGAUAUACAUAGAGGUUAUUGUCCUGCCGGCUAACAUUAGCCAUCCACCAGUCUUCAUAAAUAGUAUCUAUUCUGCAUCAGCCAGUGAGAAUCUACCAUCAGGGGCCUCGGUUAUCACAGUCACUGCUCUGGAUGAGGAUGGGGAUACAUUGAUUUACAGAAUCACUGGAGGAAAUGUUAAUGGUGCCUUCACUGUGGAUCCACUUAGCGGUAAUGUUAUGGUUAUUGGCAUACUUGACAGAGAAGUUCUGGCCAGGUAUGAGCUGACGAUAGAAGCCACUGAUGGCCUCAUGGUUGGCAACUGCAUCCUAAUGAUCAAUAUAUUGGAUGUGAACGAUAAUAAUCCUGUAUUCAUCAAUCAGCAGACUGAGUUUCUGGUUGUAGAGGGGGUAGCCGGCAAGAUGGUUGGCAAAGUUGAGGCAACAGACAUGGAUGAGCCCAACACACCCAACUCAAGAGUCCGUUACAGUUUGGUAUCAGACGCUUUCAGUAUCGACUCCUUUAAUGGCGGCAUCAUUACGGUCGUCGCUCUGGACAGAGAAACCCAAGACCGGUACGAGUUGGAUAUCGUGGCUAGUGACGAGGCGGCUUCACCACGUACAACCACGCUGAGGAUCACCGUUAUCGUUCAAGAUGUGAACGAUAACGGGCCCAUGUUUGUCCCAGUGGAGUACACGGUCGAUGUUAUUGAGAACGACAUCGUAAAAGGGUUCUUAGUUUUACGGGCAUUGGAUAUUGACGAGACAGCCGUCCUGGAAUACACCAUUAUUUCAGGGGAUGUACAGACCUUCUCCAUCGACCCAAACAACGGUAGUCUCUCUCUACUCAAAGUACUCGAUUUUGAAACAAUACAGACCCACAUGCUACAGGUGACGGUACAUGACACUGGCAGCAUUGAAUUGCUCAAUGCAACAGCUACAGUGACUGUCAAUGUCUUGGAUGUGAAUGACCACGCCCCAGUCUUCACCAUGAAUAGCUACCAGGGAGCUGUGUUGAGAUCAGCGGACUUGGAAACGGUGGCUGCAAGCGGGAUCAGAGCAACUGAUGGAGAUUUAUCGAGCACGCCAAAUGGACAAGUUCACUAUGCUUUCAGCCCAGCCAGUGUCUACUUCUACAUACCUGACAAAACAGAGGGUGUGUUUGUCACCAAGACCAGCUUGCAGAAUGCUCCGGAAAUACAUAAUUUGACUGUGAUUGCCUACGAUGACGGAAACCCAUCCAGUAGCGCGAUGGCGUCUCUGAUUAUUCUGGUCAGAAUGGAAAAACCUGUCUUCCCUCAAUCAGUUUACACGGUGAACGACCUGAAGGAGGAGGAGCCAGUAGGGACCAAGGUCAUUGAACUUCAAGCUUCGGCCAAUCAGGGUGAUGAGAUUGAGUACCAGAUCAUAGCUGGGGAUGAGGAUGAUAAAUUUGAGCUUGUGUCACUAAACAACAUGGGCACAGUGACCACCAAGGCGGUUCUUGACCGAGAGAACGUGAGCACCUACUCCUUGAUGGUGCAGGCCAGUGUGAUCGAAGCAACUACAGGAGGAGGGAACGGCAGGAGGAGGAGGCAAGCAACAGAUCCCAGUGUGGUGGAGAUCUAUAUUGAGCUAGUUGACAUCAAUGACAAUCAACCAACCUUCCCUGAAAGUGCUUAUUUUACUGGUGUGUCUGAAUCGGCAAGUGUUGGUACUGCAGUAAUCACAAUGACUGCGAUAGAUUUAGACAGCAACAACAACAGCCUGAUAUCCUACUCCAUGUCUAUGAUGGAAACAUCAGCAGCAGCGGCCAACGACGCCAGCAAGCCAACCCCAGACAGCUUCUCCAUGGGGGAGUCUACAGGUAUCAUCAGGACACUGGCUGAGUUUGCCGCCGAGCCUCGGAUCUUCAAAUAUACUGUGACUGGACGGGAACGAUUCGGACCUCCUGAUAAGAAUGCUAAUACCACCAUCACUAUUUCCCUAAUCAAUGAAGACAACCGAGCCAUCAUCGCUGGCAACGUUCCUCCGACUCUCCUCCGUAAUGAUCAAGACCUUGUCGAGGCAGCUCUUGAAGACAUCUUAGAUGCGGAGGUUGUUAUAGAAGACGUUGGAGUUCGUAACUACGGCACCAGCUUGGAGAAGAGUGAUCCCUCGGGCUCGGACGCCCAGUUCUAUGUCAUCGAUAGGAGCACUGGGGAGCCGUUGACCAAUGACAGGAUAAUUGAGCUUUUGAAAGACCUCACCAAACUCGAUGAAGUCUACAAGGACAUCUCAACGGACGGCAACGGGCGAGUCAUAGAGGUGCGGAAACCCACGACUGGCAGACAAGCCAUCAACACAGACGCUGAGCCAGCCGUAGAAGCUGUAGCCUUACUCUGUCUGGCUGUGGCUCUCUUUAUAUGCUGCAUACUGGCUAUCGCAGUCGUCAUUGUCUCAUGGAAAAAAACCAAUAAUUUCGAAGGAGGUUUAAGACCACCAACAACUUACCACAACUUUACAUUCAGACGGGAAAUGGAACGAGAGAAGCAAGCAAGACUCUACCUUCCAAUGUAUAACACCUUCAACCCUUACAACACUGCCGAGGAUCACGAGAUUGCUGGUUGUAGCGGUGGGAGUAGGAUUGUCACACCGAGAGCAGCAGCCAAUCCAGUUUAUUUUGACGACCACGCAAUCCAGGUCUACCCUCUUGACAGUUCAGUUGAAGACGAUGACACUAGACUCUUAUUUGAAGAUGGAGCACCAUCGUUUCUGAAACCAAGGGAGGCACAGGAACACACCAUGGACUUUGACAAUGAGAUCUCAUCAGACGAUCCUGAGGCAACUGCUGCAGCUAACAGCAUAGCAGCUGCAGUCGCAGGUGGCAGCAGCCGAAGGUCAUCGCAGAAAUCAAGGAGUAGCAGGUCUGGUUCCAGAAGGACUCCAUCAGGAAGUGGGCCUCCAAGUUACACAAGUAACGGAAAGAUCACCCAAAAUGGCACCAGCACCUCCCCCUCCUCUAAGAUUCACGAAGUCUCCACCAUCCCGUACCGUCACAGCGAAACGCCAAAAGAACCCCUUAGACCGCCUCCUCUAUUUGACCCCCGGCCCACCCCUACCUCUGACCCGAGGUCGCCUUUUGAGUCGGGAAGCUAUGAUAAUUAUGGAGCGGAUUUAGGGGAUGGGUUUAGUCGGACGUCGGGGAGUCCAAUAUCUGGUGCAAGGACAGAUUCAUCGCUGUCUACACAAAAGCUAGAAUCACUGGAGGGGCUCGAACGGGACCACGACGCACCUCUAAUGAAUUCCUACCUCUCACAGUUCAUGCCAUCCAGCAAGAACGCUCCUGCUGACAGUAGCGUGCCCCAAAAUGCCGCAUGGGCACCGUCCAAUGAAAAACUUGCCCACGUAGCCCUGGAAGACGAUGCCGGCAUCAAACUUCUAGUCCACUCCAAAACUCACAACAUCACUCCCGACAACAGAAACACCAGGAAAGCCUCACACAAGAAACACAAACGCUCACAACAGCACCCUCGCAGGCCCUCACUUGGAGACGGUCGAAAGUACUCCACCAGUUCCGAAGAAGCGUCCAAUAAGUCCUCAGCGGAUUCCGGCUCAGGAGCCCGUCCCAAGAGAUCGUCAAGCCAGUCGAGGAAAUCCAAACUCCGGCCGUCAAAAGCAGAUGAAAAUUUCAGCCCCGCUGGAGGGGAUGAUAAAAAAUGGCGUAGAAAUAGCGAUGAUAUUAAUAACGAUCCGGAUCUUCUGAAGCCGAUCUACCAGUACACACAAGCGCCUUGGAAUGAGGCUGAUAUAAUGAAUACUGUAUUAUAGACCUUCACAUCAUGCUGCUUUUCAUCUCAUCCAAAGAUUGCGUGAUGGACCCGAGGCUGCAAGGAAAAAAAAGGCUGAUACCUUAUCGGUUAAUUGUGCUUUACCCAUAAUCGCAUACAGGGUACACAACAAAGAUGGCCACAGAUUUCAGAAUCAACGUAAACCGAUUACAGGUCAGACAAUUUACGUAAGACUGACAAAUUUAGGAGCAAUCUACCAGUGAAAUUUACGUACCAAAACAAAGCAACGGCAUGACGCGAGUUUAAAGCCUGUACAUGGUGCGUACAUGUUGGUUAGGCGCAGAAAAUGGUGAUCUUUGGACUUCAUCUACGCGUAUAUAUACAUCGCCAAGUGCAUGUAUAACAAUAUUUCAAAAGGAACAAAAUUCUGCAGAGUGUGACUUUUUUAUACUGGUUGAAGUGUAACAAGGUGAAUCCUUAAUCAAAGUUGUCUCAGUCCUUUUUAAUUGUGGUUUUAACUGUUUCGAGAGAUACAAAACAAAGGCUGAUUAGAAGAGUUUCAAUUAUUUCAGUACAGCAAUUUAAUACAUUUUCUUGCAACAUAUAUUGGUAAAGAUGACACGCCACAGGCGUCGUGAUUGUACUCUUUUAUAUAUUACUUAUAUAGUGCCUGACAAUAUAUUACAGAUAUAAAUUUUGUUUUAUAAUAAUAGUAAUAUAAUUGCACCACAACAUCUCAAUUAAAAAAUAAAAAAUAGUAGUGCAAUUUGUAUAUUUGUAGUAAAGUAAAAGAUUAUUUGUGAUGAUCUAUUGGAAAAUCACGAUGGGGGGACCUUUGGAACGCUAGGUGGCAGCAGACUUACAAGGUAAACCUGUUGUUCUCAGUCAUGUGCGCAUGCUCAGAACUAC